CUCGCGAAGAUAAGAUCAAAUGGAAGCUCAUCUGACUUGGAAGUUGUCCAACCAUCAAUCGGCUCACUUGAAAGAGUUGUUCGUUGUCUAACCAGCCCAUGAAUUUCGAGGGCGAAGCUCUUUUUGGUGUUCCGACAGCGAGCUCUGAUUGACCAGUUGGAAUUAAUAAGGGAUGAAGUCCUUGGCAAUGUUAAAGUGGUGUACAGAUGCAGACAACGAGAAGCAAGUAAUCACCUAGAAUUUUGACUGAAGGUGGAUUCAACGCGUUAUCGGGAGCCUGUUACAUUCUAAUGCGGGUCUGUGGUGGAGCGAUAUCUGGGCUAGAGAGUUUGCUUUUUGCUUUCAACUUCAGUAUAAGCAUCGGAUAUUGGUGUUGGCGCGAGGACUCGCUAGCCGAAUGAUUUCUUACAGACUAUAGAGCUACGAUUUGGUGAGCAAUACUCGUGGCGGCUGGGAGAUUUUCUUAUGCCUUGUCAACUGCGUCAUGAAUAGCAUGGUGGGCUGGAACGUCGGGCAGCCUGCAGAUGUAACCGUGUACCCACAUUCCCUGUACUCGAUCUUGAGUUCAAACGAAGCCCCUACACUCAAAGGUCACAAAUUCGAUUUGGCUCUGCCUGCCAUGCAAGAAAAAGGUCUUCAUACUGAUCAAACUGAUCGAAACGCAUAUUGAUCAAACUGAUCGGAAGGCGCAUUUCAUCUUGUGUAUAUUCUGUCGACACUUUGUCCGGAGUUUGAUAGAUUUCUUUCAACUUUUCAGGUCAUUCGCAAUCUCGGAGACGGAUUGAUCAAGUAGCUACUCAAGAUGCCUGAUAGAUCGCUGGCAUCCCAUUCCGAUGUCGGAGUCCAAAGACUUCCAAAGUCCUUGCAUGGAUCUGGCGCUGCGCUUAAGCUUACCGGGCCCUGGUCCCUAGUGAAUAAUUGUAGCUCCAAGGGCAGUACGGUGUCGGAAAAGUUCGUGUUGCCGGAGCACCAGCGACCGACACUGAAGCACGAUGAGUACACUGACUUAGAGAUUCCAGUGAUCGACGUGGCGGCGAUAAAUAAUUCCCUUGAAGGUGAUGCGACAGCCAAGGAGGCCCUAGUGGCUCAAGUAAGAGAGGCAUGUUUAAAUUGGGGAUGCUUCCAGAUCGUAAACCAUGACAUAUCCGAGGAGCUUCUCUCUCGAAUUCAGUACCACGUGAAUCGGUUCUUUAACCUUCCAUUUGCGGAGAAAAUGAAGGUUGUGAAGCAAGAUGGUUCUGUCGCUGGUUAUGGACAUGCAACAGUAAAGAAUGGCGACGUGCGCCCCUCGUCUGAACGCUUCUUCUUCGCUAACGACGGUUCCGUAGCUGAAAACGCUCAAAAACUGUGGUCCAACUGGGACGAGAAUGACUUCAUUGGAUCCUACAGCGAGUACUACGAAAAGGUGCAUCAGCUAUCCGGGAGCCUGAUUCGUAUCAUCGUGCAGGGUCUGGAGGUCGACCCAGUCCAUUUUGAGAAAUAUUGGAAGAAUACGAGCGGUCUGCUACUUUGGAAUUUCUACCCUGCAUGCCCUGAGCCCCAAAAGGCCAUCGGCAUAAACGCGCACACGGAUUUCAAUCUCUUGACAGUCCUGCAUGAAAACAAUGUCGGCGGUCUGCAGAUUGAGAAAGACGGCGAGUGGGUCGCUGUCAGACCUCGCCCUGGGGCAUUGGCAGUGAAUAUAGGCGACACUCUUCAGGUUUUGACAAAUGCGAAAUACAGGAGCGUGCCACACCGGGCAGUUGUGAACGAAACCCAGACUCGCAUCUCGGUCGCCUACUUCCACGUGCCAGUGCAAGGCAUAGAUAUUGUCCCCCACCCCGAGCUUGUCGAUGAGCAUAACCCCAACAAGUACGAGCCCUUCACCAUCGAUACAUACACCAAGAUCAAACAGGCGCAGACUCUGAACACGCUCGAGCUCUUCCUCCGGACAGACACUCGGGACAACGGUGUAGUUACAAUCGAAGCCCAAUCCCACACGACCUGAUCGAUCCACUCGGACACCGUUCCGAAACAGUCUGACACACCAAAUCUAGAUUCAUUUGCGCUGCUGUGGGACACACCUUCCGUGGCAAUGUCGCUCGAAACGGUGUCCGAUCGAACACCAUUGGAAAGAUUUUUCGAUGGUAAUCAACGGUCGUCUCCGCAGCUGUGAGUUUCCUGAAGUUCAGCUUCUUGACAUGCACAUUCAGGAGUAGGCCUCGAUCAGCAUGCAGCCAAACCACAAAAAAGGAAAAAAUUGACGAUGUGGGUCCUCAGCAGUGAGCAGUUGACCAAUACCAGAGUAUACGUGAAUGUAUAGAUAUAGAUGUACAGAUAUCGAUGCACGAGAAAAGCUUCGUAGAUGAUGAGAUGCGUGCAUGAGCAUGUAUUCUUCAUAAGUAACUUCAAGGCGAGGCAAAGUCAGCCUUCAUGAAUUGGCGUUUAGUGUAUAAGAAAAGCCUCAUUUGUGGGGUGUUAAUGCGGCACAUAAAGUUAACAUUUCUGAUUUGGGUACGAUAA